AUGAAUGGCGCGGAGCAGGGCAGGGCAGCCGCGCGUGCAGGGCAACAGCGCGGAGCAGGGCAGGGCAGCCGCGCAUGCAGGGCAACAGCGCGGAGCAGAGCAGGGGCAGCAACAGGCGGCAACGGGCAGCACGGGCAGCAACAAGGGGCGACGGGAAGCACAGGCACGGGCAGCAACGGGCGGCAACGGGCAGCACAGGCACGGGCAGCAACGGGCGGCAACGGGCAGCACAGGCACGGGCAGCAACGGGCGGCAACGGGCAGCACAGGCACGGGCAGCAAAGGGCGGCAACGGGCAGCACAGGCACAGGCAGCAACGGGCGGCAACGGGCAGCACAGGCACAGGCAGCAACGGGCGGCAACGGGCAGCACAGGCACGGGCAGCAACAGGCAGCAAUGGGCAGCACAGGCACAGGCAGCAACGGGCGGCAACAGGCAGCACAGGCACGGGCAGCAACGGGCGGCAACGGGCAGCACAGGCACGGGCAGCAACGGGCGGCAACAGGCAGCACAGGCACGGGCAGCAACGGGCGGUAACGGGCAGCACAGGCACGGGCAGCAACGGGCGGCAACGGGCAGCACAGGCACGGGCAGCAACGGGCGGCAACAGGCAGCACAGGCACGGGCAGCAACGGGCGGCAACGGGCAGCACAGGCACGGGCAGCAACAGGCAGCAACGGGCAGCACAGGCACAGGCAGCAACGGGCGGCAACAGGCAGCACAGGCACGGGCAGCAACGGGCGGCAACGGGCAGCACAGGCACGGGCAGCAACGGGCGGCAACAGGCAGCACAGGCACGGGCACCAACGGGCGGCAACAGGCAGCAUAG